UUUUACUCCCGGUUUGAUAUUGUACUAAAAAAUUGUUUUCUGUCUCCGUCUCAUUUUUUAUUUUUUUUAAUAUUUGAAUUAUUCUUUUUUUCUGUUAAAACCAAAUAAAUAAUAUUUUUACACAGUGCGUGGAAUAAAAGAGGGAGGUUUAGUUAUGGUUAUGGUAAUUAGCGAAGGUUCAAAACAGAGCAUAGUUGGGAGAAAAUGAGGCAAACGACCACCGGAUAGCUUAUGCUCAUAGUCUCUCUGGAAAGGCAAACGGUGUACCCUCUUGAUCUGCUUUCCCUUGUAUCAAUCUGUACGAGCUCUUUGCUAUGCGGUCUUUGAAACAAGGCUUAAUCUAUCACGUUCAUACCAUAAAAGCUGGUUUUACGCCUACCAUUUUCUCUUCCAAUCAACUCAUCCAUUUGUAUUCUAACCAUGGCCUCGUUCAUGAAGCUUGGAAUUUGUUCGAUGAAAUGCCCCAGCGAAACGUUUUCUCUUGGAAUGCCAUAAUCUCUGCUUAUAUCAAAGCAAAAAACUUGAAACAAGCAAGGGUGUUGUUUGACUCUGCUUCUCAAAGGGACUUGGUUAGUUACAAUUCGAUGUUGUCGGGUUAUGUAAACGAAGAUGGGUUUGAGACAAAAGCAAUGGAACUAUUUCGUGAAAUGCAAUCUUCUCCUCAUAAUGUUAGAAUUGAUGAGUUUAGUCUUACCACCAUGCUUAACUUGAUUGCAAAGUUAGCGGUGGUGACUUAUGGUAGACAAUUGCAUUCGUUUAUGGUGAAAACCGGUAAUUUUUCAAGCGGGUUUGCUGUGAGCUCUCUCAUUGACAUGUAUUCUAAAUGUGGGUGUUUUCAAGAAGCACGGCAGGUGUUUCAUGGCUGCGAUGAGGUUAUUGACCCUGUUUCAAAGAAUGCAAUGGUGGCAGCUUGUUGUAGAGAAGGUGAAUUGGAAAUGGCUAUUGAUCUUUUUCAAAGAGAGUCAGAGCUGAAUGACACUGUAUCUUGGAACACAUUGAUUUCUGGGUUUGCCCAGAAUGGUUAUGAGGAGGAGUCCCUGAAGUUGUUUGGUCAUAUGUCAGAGAGUGUGUGUAGAUGGAAUGAGCACACUUUUUCUAGUGUUUUGAGUGCUUGCGCUGGUUUGAGGAGCUUGAAGGUUGGAAAGGAAAUCCACGCUUUUGUUUUAAAGAAUGGAUUGACUUUGAAUCCUUUCAUAAGCAGUGGCAUUGUUGAUGUCUAUUGCAAGUGUGGCAAUAUGAGGUAUGCAGAAUCAGUUCAUGCGGGAAUGGGGAUUAGAAAUUCCUUUUCAAUCACCUCAAUGAUUCUGGGCCAUUCAUCUCAAGGUAAUAUGGUGAAAGCACGUCAACUUUUUGAUUCAUUGGUAGAAAAGAGUUCGGUUGUCUGGACAGCCUUGUUUUGUGGAUAUGUGAAGUCUCAUCAAUGUGAAGCUGUAUUUGAACUUUUAAGUGAAUUCAGGGAAAAGGAAUCCAUAGUUGCUGAGGCUUUGAUUAUCAUCAGUGUGCUCAGUGCUUGUGCAAUACAAGCAGCCUUGGAUCCAGGUAAGCAGGUUCAUGCCUACAUACUGAGAAGUGGGAUUGAAAUGGACAAGAAGUUAACCAGUGCUUUGGUUGAUAUGUAUUCAAAGUGUGGGAGUCUAAUAUAUGCAGAGAAGAUAUUUCAAAGAAAAUUUGACAGAGAUUCAAUCCUCUACAACGUAAUGUUAGCUGGUUAUGCUCGACACGGUAAUGAGCAAAGAGCUAUCCAGCAUUAUGAAGAAAUGUUGGAGAGAGGUUUCAGACCAGAUGCAGUGACCAUUCUAGCACUUCUAUCAGCUUGUAGUCAUCGUGGUUUAAUUGAAUUGGGUGAACAAUUCUUUCACUCCAUGAAAAAAGAUUAUAACAUACUACCUGAAAUCGACCACUAUGCAUGUAUGAUCGAUAUGUAUGGUAGGGCUAAUGAACUUGGAAAGGCAAUAACAUUCAUGAGAAAGAUUCCAAUAGAAUUGGAUGCCGUUACCUUGGGAGCGUUCUUGAAUGCUUGUCGGAUAAAUGGAAAUACAGAACUUGCAAGAAUGGCAGAGGGAUUGCUAUUACAACUCGAAGGGUGUAAUGGCGAUCGGUACGUGCAGUUAGCUAAUGUCUAUGCUGCAGAGGGGAAUUGGGAUGAAAUGGGGAGAAUAAGGAAAAAAAUGAGAGGGAAGGAUAUCAAGAAGACUGCUGGUUGCAGUUGGUUAUAUGUGGAAAAUGGAGUUCAUAUAUUUACUUCUGGUGAUAGAUCUCACUCAAAAUCAGAGGCUAUAUAUUUAACCCUAGCCAGCUUGACUGAAGAACUAUAUAUGUAACCCUAUUCAUCACUAGUAACUCUUUUAAUUGGGCAGAAGAAAACCAAGCUGUUGUAGUUCCUUAGCCACUUAUAUCAAAAUAUUAGAAGUUUCCAAUCAUUUUUACCUUAUUCUUCAUCUAUCAGAUAGCUUCCCUAUGGAGAAGAGAAUGGUUAUGGAGUGAAGCUCAAUGAUCAAAACAAUCCAAACUGAGGCUGCAAAUUAUUCAGAUUGGGAUUCUGCUUUUUCAGGACAAGAUAAGCCAUCCCACUUUAUAAAUGCUAUGUUCCUUCAGGUAUGCAUUGCCUCCUCUUAGGUGGUGCAGUUUAUAGGAGUAAGAAAUACCCGAAAAUGAAAGCCACAUUGUUUGAUCUUGGUUUUUUCAAAAUUUUUAUUUAUAUUUUGGGAAGAAAGUUGAAACCCAGGUCCCAAAGCAAACAUUUUGGUGAAAACUAAAAACAAACAAGGCACAGGGAUUAUGAGAUUUGCUAAUCAAAUCAAACUUGUAGAAGGAUUCUGGUAGCUUCAUUGAACAAAUUGACCCACUCCCAACAUAAUUUACUCCAUUCAUUCACCCAAAAAAAAAAAAAAAAGUUACUCCAUUCCAACAAAUCAAUUUUAUAUUUUCUUACACUCAAUUGUUUGAUUUUUGUUUAUCGAGUCAUUUCUUACCAUUAAUUAAACUGUUACAAUUGAUGAUAAAUCAUUUUUUUUUCUUUCAACUAAAUAAGUGAACAAAAAAAAAAAUAUUUGAAUAUGAAGAAAUAAGUAAUCUGAAGUGUUUUGUUAAACUACUUUAAAAAUAUUUAGAUAUGUUUAGUAGCAUGAAAUAUAUUGCAUUGAAGUUUCCUUCAGCGAAUUCUACAAGUUUCCUCAAUAACGACCUCAUCGAAAUGUAAUUAUAAUGAAAAUUUUGACUAAAAUUGAAGAAGAGGAAAAGAAAAAUUAAUUAAAUAAAUAAAAAUUGACAAUGUAUUUAUUAAAAUUUAGGGUAAAUUUCAUAUAGAAAAUGUGAAUCCAAGUUAGCCUUAAAUUUAUUAUCAAAUUUUAUUAAUAAAAUUAUUUAUAUCGACCAAAAAAAAAAAAAAGC